AGACGAGCAGAAACAUUUAGCAUCUGCACCUGCCUGCUUCAGGUCGGCAUAACACCUGUUGCUAAGUAUUGGGGAGGUCUGAAGCCGUUCUGGAUUCUUUACCAUCAUGAUCAUCUAGUUGACUCGCCCGGCGUGCAAGUGACAUGGAGGGCCCAGCGAUGUCCUUCGAGCACGAGUCCAGCGAGGGGAAGCUACACCACACAUCGCCGCUGGAGACACUGGUGCGCCGUACGUCUUCGCGACGACGUGUAGGCCAUAACCAGCGCGGUCGUAACGACAUGCGCCAAGCCACGGCCGCUGUCCCUUCACCCAUUCCUCACUUUCCGGUACCCAGACCGUCCUUGGGCUCUCCACCGCGGCCGUUUGCAAGCCAGAGCAUGCCGGACUCCCCUUCGGCGGCGAGUGGGACGACUAACGCUAGUGUGCUGCAAUACUACAUGGGCCAGAAUUCCAAGUCUUCCCUUGACGAACCAGACGAGACGUUUUACUACGACGACAGCAGUCUUGUUUAUCCGGGGGAACGCGAACAGCCCCACGUCGUACAGUCCACCAAUCACACACCACAGAAUCCUGGUCCACAAAUGUCAAACGGCAGCAGCCAACCGAUACCCUCGAGCGCUGCAAACCGACAUGACUCGCCCGAAGCCGAACCCAGGACGUCCUCGUCCACCGUACCAGCGGUCUUUGUUUCAUCUCCGGAAGACGAGGCUGAUCCACCACCCCGUGCACCUACGCGCCAGCCGAUAGUCAGUAGCGGCUCGCCGCGAUUGAAUUUCUCUCGUCCCGGGAGACCACCUAUUCUGUCUUCCGACGAGCAGAAGCGACAGGUGCUUGCACGCAACUCUCAACGGCCAAAUUCACCUCGGACUACUCAGUGCCAAUCAUCACAUUUGCCAGUUGUACCAAUCACUGGAACGCGUUACAGCGCGUCGCAUCUAUCACUGGAGCAGCACGGGCCACAUUCCAAGAAUGGGGGACUCCCUACUACUAGUGUUCGUCCCAAUCCUUCAAUUUCGUCUUCUUCGCAGGCAUCCGCGAGUAGCAGUUACCUCCAAUCGCACCCACCAGUGCUCCGACCCGGGCCGUCCACUAGCCCAUGUUUGACUUCGUCUCAGGAUCAUCGACGGGAUAAACUCGGGCCGACCAUGACACGCUCGCUGUCGCCGAGCCCACCGAACCUCAAACCAAACUCGCAGAGUAAUAACGCCACUUAUACGCAGUUUCAAACACCUUGGGAUUACGUUCAGCUCGGAAUUCAAUACCACGAGUCAAAUCGCCUCGAGGACUCGGCAGUGUACUUUGAGAAAAGCGCAACGGAACAAGGCGGAUGCGGAGUAGGUAUGCUGAUGUGGGGUCUGGCAUUGAGGCAUGGUUGGGGUUGCGAGAAGGACGAAAAGUGCGGGUUUAAAUGGUUAGCGAAGGCGGCGGAGUCGGCUGUCGUGGACCUGGAAAAAGCUAGGCAAAGCAAAGGGUUCGAUGUAAAGGCCGUAAAGGAAGAGCUGAUUAUCGCCAUUUACGAGGUCGGACAAUGUUUUUUCCAGGGCUGGGGCGUCCGUAAAGACCAAAAGAUGGCUGUCAGCUACUACAGAGUCGCUGCAAGUUUGGGAGAUGUAGAUGCACAACAAGACCUCGCUUUCUGCUUGGCUAAUGGUAGAGGGUGCAAGAAAGACAAAAAGGAGGCGGCCAAGUGGUACCGGGCUGCGGUAAGGACGGUCCACAUACUGGCUGAAGUUUAUGAACGGUUUGGUAGGUUGCACAGGGAGCCAGCGAUGUUGGCAUGGCAUGGAUAUACAAAGAUAAGUACAAGGGCUGAGUGCACCCCCACUUUGUCGAUCUGAUUUGAUGCAUGGGGCACGUCGACGUAGUACACACUCGACGACUGGAUGGCUCCGCCGUGGAGGAGGAGCUACUGGUCAGAUACCUUUGGAUACCAGUGAAUAUUUGGAAGGAGGAGGCGCAUGAUAUACUUGCAGACUAAUGGCUACAUGUACAAGUUUCCAUCCCCGUUGCAUUCGUUCCUACGACACUCUUUUAAAACUCCAACUUGUCUAACCAUUCUCCAAGGAAUCACGAUUUGCCCGACGUAUCGGCCGCCGGUACUGAGGCGAGGGCCAAGCAAGAACUCCUCUGAGUUCACGAGUAAGAGAUUGAGCAGCUGGUCCGUGCCCACGAAGGUACCAAGAAAGACACGAUUAUCGUUGGUGACAACGCGCAGAGUCUGGUUGAGCAAUGCCCUCACAGCUGUGAUUGCCGGUGAACUCAAGGCAGACGGGUUGGCCGAAGUGGACAUCGCCAAGACGCGUGUGAGUGUAGUGGAAGCCGAC